UAAUGUUUUAAACCAAUCUUAUGCUGAAAAUCUGAAGUAAUAUUAUACACAAACAAAAUAAAACCCGAUUCCGAAGCUAAUGGAUGUAGGGACGCGUUAGUGGAUGUGAGUGUCGCAUCCCUAGAAAUCUCGAAUUAGUGGAUGCGUGAAGGGAUGCAUCGGCAUCCCUUGUGAGAAUUUGGAUUCAACACAAAGAUGGCCGCGUCCACUACGAUGCACUUUUAGUGGAUCCCUUAGCUAAGGGAUCCAUUAGGCCAGUAUUCGGAUACAGCCAUGGUAUAUCUUUUACACAAAUUUCUACUCAAAUAGGCACUCAUGUUGCAAAUUUUAUGUUUCUCAUCAAAAGUAUUUCCAAAACGGAGCACUUGGAGAAAAAGUGUAUAAGAGUAUAAAUGUUGCAAAUUUAAUGAUUAACAUAAAUGGUCUGUAAAAAUUUUUUAAAAUAUCUAACCAUUUUAAUUAUACUGGCAAAUAUCUACUUGCCCUGCUGUGCCACUAUUUUGUGCUACUUGUGCUCCAAAUCUCGGCCACUUUUAUGGACACUGUCAGUCACGGGAAGAGCUUAGUUGAAAAACUACUCUCUCUGCCUCGAAACUGUAUCACUUAUGCCACUUGACUACCUCCUGAACACACACAGAUAUCACAGAUAAGAAGAAGCUUGUAGAAGCUUAUUUUUGAGGAAGCAGAUAUCUUAUUCUCAUAAGCAAAUUAAAAACUUUAAAUGAUAUUUCUCUAGUCCUUGUACCUUUUAUUGUAGAAGCUUGAUUUUAAGGAAUGCGCAGGUGGAAAAGAAAGAGUGCUAAUAGAGUUUGUCUCAGGAUACCUCCCACUUCCCUGUGCCUGCUAGGGAAAGCCACUCUGACCACUCUCUCCCGUACAACCACCCUCUAUCACUGUAUUGUUUAAUUCUUUUGUAGACAGCUUUACUUCUGCAGGGACAAGAUAUAAUUUUUUUUUCUUCAUAUCUGUCACUUCCUGUACUGAAAAAAGUGGCAACAGAAAAGCUUUCAUAAAAAUUACAUAUUUAACUGACUCGACAAACUUCAAGAUGGCAACUUGAAGAGCCCGUCCCUUCUUAAGUGUGUUUUUCCCUCCUUUCCAACCUCAGUUGCUUCCUCUCUCUCUACGCGUGUGCUGUGAGCUCGUUUCUUGUUUAACUGUGUAUGGAACUGUAAAGUCGUCCUGAGUUGUCACGUCUGCUUCAAAGAGCCAACACCCAAUGUAGUUUUGGCCCGGUCCUCUCUGUUACUUUUCACAAGGGUGGCGUGACUAAUGUAAGCUGAACAAAAGUAAUUUUAACUUUGCAGUUUUGUUUAAAUUUCUGUUUCAGACCUGCUCUUGAGAAGUUGUUUUUUGGCUUUAAAUUCAUCACUUCGAUCUAUUGUUGCUUUCUUUAAGUGGCAUGAUAAUAGCUUGAUAGUUUUCGAAUAUGGCUCUGGGAAGUGUCUAUUGCCAGGGCAUUUUAAUCCACGAGUUGAUUAUAAAAUUAUGUCACGAACGUGAGCGGCCUGGCGGCCCUGCACGGCCACUGACGUCACGCGCACAUACGUGCGGGGAUCAGAGAGGCCCGGCCUUGCCACCCUCCUUCCUCGGUGCUGUCAUCCAUCCCUUAGCAGCCCGGGAAUUCCGCGGGCUUACAGAGGCCACUGCCUGGAGUGGCGCGAAUAAGUGCCGUUGUUCUGGAUGCUUCGAGCAUCGGGUCAGACAUGUCACAACCACUCCAGUCGGUUCCAGAAAGCCGGCCGGCGGGUAUAAAAGCGGCAACGCCGGCCUCUGUGGGAGUUCCGACCGGCGAGUUGAGUGAAGUGCGAGUGCAACAGAGUGGUGCAAGACUAUGCAGACAGAUGCGUGGGCGCCAUGUUGCCUCCCGCAAGCCAGGAGUUCAGCCCAGUCUCUCUCUCCCGCCGGCCGAGGGCGGACGAGUCUCUGCCUUGAGGCGACCACGUGCGUGGUCCGCCUCCUCACCUAAUCUAAUUCGUGCCUCGGGCGUUUAAAGCUGUAUCAACGGAGGAUCGUGUAAGGACGUGUACCGCGGGGAGCACAUGAAGCUGGACGUGCUGACGCUGCAGACGCUGCGCCGCGAGACGCUGUGCGGCCGCUCGCCCACGGACGCGCUGCUGUGGCACUGGAGCCAGCAGAACCACACGGUGGUGGAGCUGUUCGUGCUGCUGUCGCGCAUGCAGCACUACCAGGCCAUGCUCGUGCUCAAGCCCUUCGUGGACGAACAGUACCACCGCCUCAUCUACGAGGGGGAGGAGAACCUGGGUGUUCUGGGUGCAUCACGCAACUCGCGCCAGCAAGACACGCCGCAUCCCGGCAUGGGCUCGUCGGGGGUCAGCGAGGCGCGGGGCCUCUCGCGCUCCGCGGACAAGAACCUGCGCAUAGACUCGCGCAACAUCAACGUAUCGGCAGUGCGUGCAGACCUGCCCAGCAAGGACGUGCUGCCGGCCGUGCCUGAGCGCAAGAUCCUCAACACGCAGCAGCAGCAGCAGCAGCAGCAGCGAGGGAACACAGACGUCCAGCCACCUCGCCGCGGCUCCACCGGCUCGGACGCGUCGUCGCGGGUGGAGAGCUGCAGCGCCAUCCCCCAGGUGGCGUACGCGGAGCUGGAGCGCGCCACCGGCGGCUGGAGCAGGGACGCCAUCCUCGGCCGGGGCGGCUUCGGCACCGUCUACAAGGGCAUCUGGAAGAACACGCCCGUCGCCGUCAAGCGCCUCGAGCAGCGCGAGGCGGCCGCAGACUCGCGCGAGCAGGACGAGCUGCUGCUGCGGGAGCUCAGCUUCCCCAACUCGUGUCGCCACGACAACGUGCUGCCCAUCUACGGGGUCAGCCUGGGGGGGCCGGCCCCCUGCCUCGUCUACCAGUUCAUGCCCAACGGCUCCGUGGAGGACCGCCUGCUGUGCCGGGGCCGCACCCCGCCGCUGACGUGGGUUCAGCGACUGAAGAUUGCGGAGGGAACGGCCCUGGGACUGCAGUUCCUGCACACACGCCCCACGCCCGUCAUUCACGGCGACAUCAAGAGCGCCAACAUCCUGCUGGGGGCGGAGUUCGAGCCGCGCAUCGCGGACUUCGGGCUGGCGCGGGAGGGCCCGCGCAGCGACUACACGCACGUGAUGGUGAGCCGUGUGCACGGCACACGUCCCUACCUGCCGGAGGAGUUCCUGCGCUCCCGCCAGUUCUCCGUCAAGGUCGACACGUACAGCUUCGGCGUGGUGCUGUUUGAGCUGUGCACGGGACUGCGUGCGUACCAGCAGGACCGCCCCAACAAGUACCUGAAGGAGCACGUGGAGGGCUGGAGCGAGGCCCAGCUGCCGCAGCUGCUGGACCGCAGGGCGCCGGACGAUGACCACGGGGUGUUCCUGGGGCUGGUGAUGCUGGGCAAGUGCUGCGUGGCGCGCCAGCCGCGCCGCCGCCCCGACAUGGUGGGCGUGCUGCGCGCCGUGCGCGAGCUCGUCUCCGCCACGGAGCCCCUGCGCCUCCAGCACCAGCUGAUGCAGCAGAGCCGUGCAGCGUCCAGCAUGGCCGCGCUCCACGACUACGUGACGCAGCAGCGGAGAGGCUCGAGCCCGCAGUCCCUGCCGGGCUUCCUGCACCCGCCCCUCAUGGAGCAGGCGCUGGUGUUCCCGGCGGGGUACGCGCUCAACCAGGUGUCGCCCGGCGCUGGCGCGGUGGCGCCCCUGCCCGUCCACCGGGAGGAGGACGAGGCGGGUCCCCGGGAGUCCUCGCCUCCGGCCAGUUCGUCCCCUCACGCUUUGCAUUCGGAAGGAAGAGCAGUAAAUACACUUUUCAAUGACGGCGCGGUCUUCCCGCGCUUCUCGAAGCUGCUCAGCCUGAAGCAAGACAGCGACGACCCGAGGUCCAGUGUCGACAGCUGUACUCCCGACGGCACACCCGCGGCCAAGACCGUCGACCUGGGGUAGAGAAUGCGUUCGUGUGAGUGCGACCGCUUUGUGGAAGUGAGAGAAGAUGCAUCUUCAGCAAGCAAGUUGCAUGAAGUCAACCAAUGUGCAAAAGUGCACAUGUGAUGAACAUUUGUUGAACUUUGUCCAUCAAUUAACUUUUCCAGAGGUCUCUCACGCGAGAGAAUGUGACACCAAGUUGCUAAGAAUACAGUACAAUUAAAACCGGGUUGUACUAUAGGUGUUUUGUGGGAGAUAAAAUAUUCCUCAGAAUGUAAAUGGCACACUAUGUAAUUCUCUUCGUCAAAUUAGUAGGCCUGCAGACCAAUUACAUAAAAUUCUCACUCCUGUCUUGCACUAAUAUUUUCAUUUGUUGUAGCAUUUUGUUUAGGGAUGGGGCGAAUCCUGAUUUCCUCGAAUCCGAAUCCUAACUCAAAUCCUCGACUGGAAUUUCCGAAUCUCGAACCCGAAUCCGAAUCUUUUAACAGAUGAUGUCCACAUAUCUAAUGUAAGUGAGAUGUAUUCUGCUUGCACUAAAAGUCCCUUGACUUUAUCACAUGUAGUUUGGUACAUUUCUGGUAUAGCCUAAGUGUAUAUAAAGACAAAAAUAUUUUCUUGAGAAAUUUCAGUUUCAGUACAGAUUAGCGGUUAGGAUUUCUUCUAUAAAUAAGCUAGAGGUCUGCGAGCCUAAGAAUUUUACUUCGAGCCGAGCUCGAGCUUUUGUGGUACAGUUACACUUUUGGGAAAUUAUUUUUAUCUUAACCUUAGUAUAAUGUUUGAAUAAAGUAUUAAAAUGAAGUGGGCUUAUUAAUUUUGGGUAAGUAUUGACAGUGUGUGUUUACAUUUUGCACUGCUAGAAAAAAAUAACAUUUUUUUCCCCAUUGAAUCUUACCUGUUUCCAUUGGUUUAUUAGUAACUGAUAUCAUCCAACUAACAUAACCAAGUAUAUGUUUGUGUAAAUGUAACAUAUCUUUGGGAAAAUUUCAUCCUUGUCAAUUUUUCUGGAGUCCUUACUGAGCUUCAACAAACUUAGCACCAAAAAUCAUGUUGUUUGAAAAGUACAUUCACAUUGUUUCAACAUUUCCACUUUUCAGCACAAUAAUUCUGAGAGAGAUUGUCACAGAGUAUUAAAUUCUGUUCUUUAAUCUAUCAUGCAGAACAAUAAUUUGUUCUGCACGUUCAGGAGUUAAAUUAGCUCUACGAUUGGAGAUGAGAUAGUGUUUCCAGCAGAAGAGAAGCGUCUAUCGCUGGCAACCUGCUUGGCUGGAAUGCUUUAGUAAAAUUGCUUAACCUCAAAAUUAGUGUCAUAAAUAUCUGUAACUGGUCAUUAAAGUUUAAUCAAUUGAAAGUAAUAAAAAUAAAAGCAUUUUACUUCAUUCAAUUUACACUUGCAAAAAAAAACAUACACACAUAAACCUACAUGGAAAUUAAAGUCUUUUUCAAUAUCCUGAAAUCUGAAAUAUGUUUACUCAUGUCAUUAAAUGUAGAGCUGUAUUGAAGAAGCCGAUUUUGCCAAUAUUUAGUUGAAUCGGCAUUUCUGCCGACCUCCGAUACAGUACGCUUGUUAAUUUUCGGCCGAUAUUACUGAAAAACGAAAGAGACUGACAUAACCUAAAAAUCCACGAGUACCAUUUUCACUUUUCGUAGUAGUACUGCAUUCUUUCACAUCACAUUAUUUCUUAGCAAAAUGUGCCAACCGUACAUAUCAAAGUUUAACAUCCUUUUUUUUUUCAACAAUGUUCUUUAAUUUAAUAUGUCAUAAAUAAAUAAUACAUUACUAUCACGGUAAAUAUACAUCUCGGUUGUUACGGUAAAUAUAGUGCAAAUAUGGUAGCCAUCAUGCUUCUGUAGUAAUUAUGGUAUCUACAAAGAAUCUUUAGUUCUUAUUAUGGUAAUUAUCUUAAAAUAUCUAUUGGGUUUGUACUGUAGUUAUGGUACAUCAUCCAUAUUUCUUCGUAUGUUGUUGUUCAUUUGUCUUUUUUUCAUAUUUACGUGCGCCAUUAUUUAGACAGAAAGUUUCAGAAAAAAAUUUAACGGACUUUAUGUCACACAUUUAAUGGCGUAAAUGAUGAGACCUCGGGCAAUUUAAACGCUUUAUACGGAAAAACCUACCAUGCGGGAUCUCGUGAAUUUUACUGUAUUUUUUUCCCCGUAAAUAGUAAAAAACCGAAUCCUUUGACGAAUCCUAUAUCAGACCCGCCGAAUCUUCGAAUCCCUAGGAUUCUGCGGAUUCGGCGGAUAUUGGAUUCGGUCGCCCCAUCCCUAAUUUUGUUUCAUGUCGCAGUUUUCAGUUUCCGCAUUUUACUCCAUUGCACACCUAAAAUAUGUCCACCUUUGUACAUCUCGUCUGUUCAACUUCUGCCGCAAUCUUCUGCUUUCCCCAAAGCAAACUUUCAAUUAUGAAUAAUUUUUAAAUGAGAAUGAAUGAAAAUAUUCACUGAAGCACGUACAUAAUGACAGUGGCAGAUAAAGAAAAUUUUUGAAAUAAGAAUAAAAUUUUAACACAAACAAAAAAUAAACUUACUAUUGACACCCUCUCACCGACACAUGGGCCUGAAGUAGUAGCCGUAGCCAACGUGGCGUCUCACACAGUUACCGACUGUUUCCACUGACUCCCUGCACCCACAACUGUGCACCGAGGAUUAAAAACGAUGACAUGUUAGGGUAAAUGUGGGUCGCCUGGUAACCCCAUUAUGAACGUAUCUUGAAACGGAACUGUUCGUCUCAAUGCGUCCACUGUUGGAACUUGUGUAGGACACAGUUAUAUUAUUCAAAUUUUUUCAAACUAAAGGCAAUGUACUAUAGCGCCAAAUUCACUGGUUACAUCAAAACUUGAGGUUUUAACCCUAUGAAGUAUGCCGGAAACUUUUAUCUCCUGGAACGAAGGACCCUUCCCGUCCCACGACAGUGCCACUUCAAGCAGGAGUUCUCUUACUUGUGUAUUGUGUGCCUUAACACCAACACCGUGCUAUGUCUUAAGUGUCUUUUCAGCAAUGACUUCCAGAUACGAUGGAUGAGCUAACCAUGUGAUCUUAUUAAAAUGUCAUAUUUUUGUAAGUUGGUUUAUUAUUAGGUGUAUAAUGUUUCAUGGUUGAGUUAACAAUUACAUUUCUAUUUUUGUAAAUACAUGUUAUAUCUUAUAUGAUUUUAAUGUAAGCAUGUUGCUUAGUGAUGUUAAAUAAAUACGAAAGAUGUA